AUGUCAAGUGCAAAAAGCAAAUUUGAAAUUACUAGGAACAGAUCAUGUAAUAACAUAAAGGAGAAUUUAGAAUGCUCUUCAAAUAUUUUAAAGAAUUACAAGCAUCUGUUAGCAAGUGAAGCUCAAGUAAAUACAAACCAAAAGAAUUAUCAUAGCGACGUUGAAAAAAGAGAAAAUGCAAUAAGUUUUGGAAAAUAUUAUAACCCCUAUAUUCCUGAUGAUUAUAUUAGUAAAACAAAAUUAAACAAUUACAGUGAAUCAGGUAUAUAUGGCAUUUCAGGGAAUAAUGAAAAAGUAUCAAUAAAUAAAUUCCAAGAAAAUGAUGUACAAAAGGAAUUUUCAAAUACCAUGUUUUACGAUAAAAUUAUGAGAAAUCAUAAGUCUUAUAAUACAGCUAUUCAUAAUAUUCAGAAUAAUUUUCAAACUAAUAAAUUGAAAACUGUAUUAAAUUCUAUUAAAUUUGAAGACAGUGCUAAUAUUACUAUACCCCCAUAUAUAAAAAAAUCUCCUUUAUAUAUUUUAUAUCCCGAAUUACAAAAUCGUGUACAUAGUGAUAAUAUUAUAAAAUACAAAUCUGAAGAAAAGAAAAAAGAAGUGAGUGAUAACAAUAGUGGUAUAAUUGCGGAUGGAAACCUUAAAUGUGAUAUUAAAGAUGACGAUAAAAAUGAAAAAAAUGGUGAAGAAAAAACGUCCCUUUCUAAAGAUCCUGUAAUUGGAAUAAAAGAAAAAUUAAUUUUCGAUGUUGAAGAACGAAAAAGUAUACAUAAUUACUUGAAGAAUAAUUUAAAUAAUAAUAAUAUUAUCAGAAAUAAAAUGAUGGAUUAUUUUGAAUCCGAAAAAAAUGUAAAUAUGAUAGAAAUUGGUAAUCCAAACAAUGCUAAUUUAAUAAAUGUGCAUGAAAAAAAUAAUAAAUUUGAAAAUGCAAUUUUAAAUUCGUAUAAAAAUAUACAUGUUUCAAAUAAUAUGAAUAGUAAAACUGAAAAUGAAUUAAAGACUUUAAAAAUAUUAAAAGAACAAAAAAUGCUUAUUAUAAAUAAAAAUGAAAAAGGAGAAAAUAUUAUUAUUAAUCAAGAUGAUAUGCGUGAUAAAUCACAACGAAGAAGAAUUAAUUUACUCAAAGAUUUUACUACAAAAGGUUUGUUAAAUCAUGAAAAUAAAACGGGAAUAAUAAGCAAUGAUAAAGGUGUGGCUCAAAUAUCUAUUAUUGACACUUCUAAUAAAAAAGCGGUAUUAAAAACUUUUAGAAUUAAAAAUAAUAAGGAAAUAAUGAAUGAUGAGGAUGAAAAAAAAAAAAAAAGUAUUUUUAAAUUUAUAAAAAAAAAAAAAAAUGUUAAAGAUGUACAAGUACAAACCAAUAAAGAUGAUUUUGAAAAUCAAAAUAAAAAAAACGAUUCUGAUAAUGUUGAUUCAGAUGUAGAACGCAUUAUUGAUAUUUUUAAUAAAAAAGGUUUACUCAAAAAAAAAGUAAACAAAUACGAAGAAGAUCAAAAAGAAAACAAUGAAAAUAACAAUACUAACAAACUGAAAUCAGUUACAAAAGAAGAUAGUAUGAAUAAUUUGGAAAAAAGGAAUAUUAAUUGUCAAAUGUGUAAAGACAGUUCCACAUCUAACGAUAAAUUUAAAAAUAAUAAUAAAAUAGAUAGUCAAAAAAUAAUAUAUAAUAUUUCUUAUAAAAAUACUAAUGAAUCAAACAAUAGUAAUACAAGUACAGAUGAUAGUGAUCGAAAUAGCCAAACAUGUAGUGAAAAUGAUUCUGCUAAUUUUUCAAAUGAAAGCCAUAAUAAAAAUGUUCAGAAAGAUAGGGAAGAAAAAAAAAUCGAUAUGAUUCAAAACAUAAUUAAUUAUAAAAAAUCUUUAAAAUUAGGAAUAUCAUAUAAUUCAAUAAAUGAAAUUCCAAACUGGACAAAUAGAAAAGGGACUAAUCAUGUUAAUAAUAAUUUUUUUAAAAUAAUAAAAAAAUUUGAAAAGGGUUCCCAUUCAUUACCAUAUUUGCAAAAAAAUGUUAUAUUCAAAUAUAAAAAUUCUAUGGGAAAUGGAGAUAUAGGAAAAGAAUAUUAUGAAAAAAAUGCAUCAAAAUUUAUUAAUCAUUUAUCAAAAAAUGAAAAGAUAAAACAGUCAUAUCCUUUUUCUAUUAUGAAAGAAAAAAUACCUAUAAUUUUUAAACCUAUAAACAAAUCUGUUAUUUUGAAAAAUAAUAUUUUUAACUUGGGAAAUAGUGAUAACCAUAUUUUAGGGAAAAAAAAUAUUAACAAUAAACAACUGUCCAAUCAUAUUAAUAGUCCUAAUAAACAUAAAGAAAAAGAAGAUAAAUCUAAAAUUAUAAAUAAUCUUUUGCUAAAUAAAUUAUAUAUAUAUAAAAAGAUUAAACUAGAAAAAGAAAAAAGUUUUAAAAAUACUUUUACAAGUUUGUUAAAAAAUAAAAAUAUUAUAAAAUAUAAGAUACAAAAUAGUUUACACGAAUUGAAAAACAUGCAAUAUGGUGGAUAUACUAGCAAUGAUAGUAGUGAUAGUGAUAAUUUGUUUAGAAUAAAUAAGUUUGUGAAUAAAAAAUGUGAUUUAAAAUUUUAUAAUAAAAAAAGUAAAAAAAAUAUUAGUACUUUCUCGGAUUUUAAUGUAUCUAUAAAUAAUUUACAAAAAGAAAACAAUUUACAUUAUGAAAAUAAUGUUCAUGAUUAUUUAAAAAAUAAAAAACAUACUUCUAAUAAAAUUCUAUCAUUUAAUAAUAUUAAUCGAAAUAAAUUAAAAAAAAAAUCGAUUGAACAAUUGGAUUCUAAUCUUUCUAUUGUACAUACAGAAUGCUCCACUUCGGAUGAAUUCUGUUCGACUUUGAAAAAAGAAAAACAAAGAAUGGAACGAUUUCGAUCUAUUUCUUAUAAAAAUAGAUUAAAUAAGUUGCUUAUAUUAAAAAAAAAUAUUCAUCAGUUUAAAGAAAAUGGUAAAAAUAUUGCCAUAUCAGAAAGUGUGCAUAACGAAUUUGAAAAUGAAAAAGAGCGAAAUGACAAAGUUUAUAAUCUGAAAUGUAGUAGUUCUGAAAAAAAAACAAAAAAAAAUGCAGAAAAUGCAAAAAACGAAUCUGAAGAAAAAAUCGAAUUACGAAAAAAUGACGAUGAUAACAAGCUUAGAAUAAAAGUUAAUUUAAAAUCGGUAAUAAGUAAAGAUGAAAAUGAAAAUGAAAAAUAUUUUAAAUGUGCAACCCAUGAAAAAGCUAAAAUGCAUAAUCCAUUUGAAAAAGAAAAAAUAAAUACAACUAACUACACGGAUACCGAAAUGGAAAUAAGGAAAAAAAAAUCAAGAGAAUUAUUUCCCCCCAAAAUUUAUAAUAGGCCAUAUCUUAAAAAAAAAGAUGGAUCAGGAGGCGGGAACUAUUUAAAAAUCAAACCACCGAGUUUGAACAAUGCAAAAAAUGUUGAAAUAAAUAAGAAAAAAAAAGAAGCGAAGAAGGAACUAAUCGCUAUAGAUAAGCAUGCUGAAACUAAUAAAAAUGGCAAAAAUUAUAAACAUGAUGGUAGUUGCCAACUUGUGAGUCUAGAACAGAUUGACCCGAAUAAUUGGGUUCAGAGGAUUUUUGGAGAUGUAUGA